UUUUGACCAUGUAAACAAAAAGGAAAAAACAUUCUCCAUUCAACACACACGAAUAAAAGUUGGAAUUGAAAAAAUUGGUGUUUUGUUUCCUCCAUGGGUAUCUUGCUCUCCAAUUUCAUGACAAAACAUACUAUACCAAAUACUUAUAAAAACACUACUACUCUCUCACACAUCACAUGAAUUAUCAUUCAAUGACUCCUACUACUAAUAACAAACCUUCAUCUACAACUCAAUCGCUUCUGCAGCGUAGGCUUCCUAGACAGAGGAGGAUAGACGGUGAAACCUUUCAUUCAACGGUGGAUGUAACUAUUUCGUUACCGGCUUCUCCUCACAGUUCUGGUUCUUAUAGUUGGUCUUCUUCUCCUGUUCUUCAACCGCUUCCGCUUCCGUUACCGUUACCGUUACCGGAGUCGCCGUUGACUCGACGACCUGAUCAUCAUGCUACGUUACCCAUAACCAGAAAGACAGUGGACCAUGAUGCUGUGAGAAGGUCAAAAUCUUCCAGCAAUUUAAGAAGACCCAUUUUUGCCACAGGAUCUGGAAAUGCAAAGAGUGAUUUAAGAGUGAACAUUCCUCCAGUUAGUGGCUUGGUGGCAAGCAACGGCUCUAGUAAAGAUAUUAGAAAACACUCUCAUGACAAUGACUGUGAAGGUCUUACCAAUGUGAAGUUGCAAUUUACUGCCACGAGUACCCCAACAAGCAUAUUAUCCAGUCCUCUUACUAGUUCCGGCAGAUUAAGCAGUGUAGAUUUAUCUGAUCCUUCCAUCAGUUUUCCUCGGGAUCUUAACGACAUUUUGGAACUUCCCGCUAAAACUCCUCAUAGUUCGCGUAGCUCGGCGAACCACAGUCCUAAACAGCACAAAACUAUUCAAGGAGGAUCUUAUUCUCACCACCCUAAAUUUUACUCCAGGGUGUCGUCUGAAAAUAACCAUGCCGAUGCACAUCCAUUGCCCCUUCCACCUCCAACGAGAGCUUCACUACAGCCACAACAAUCUUCCGCGCAAAAUCAAUCAACUGCUAAGUUGCAUGACUCAACAGAAAAUCUUCAUUCAAGCACGAGUCAAUGGCAGAAAGGAAAACUAAUUGGACAAGGAUCAUUUGGAAGAGUUUAUCAUGCAACAAACCUAGAAACUGGAGCCUCGUGUGCCAUGAAAGAGGUGGAUCUGUUUCCUGAUGAUCCCAUGUCGGCUCACUAUAUAAAGCAACUCGAUCAAGAAAUCGGGACUCUUGGUCAGUUACACCACCCCAACAUUAUGCAAUAUUAUGGCAGUGAAUUAGUUGGUGAUCGAUUGCGCAUGUAUAUGGAAUAUGUCAAUCCUGGAUCACUUCAGGAGUUUAUGCAAGAACAUAAUGGGGUUCUGACAGAAUCCGUGGUUCGCAAUUUUACGCGGCAUAUUCUCUCUGGAUUGGCAUACUUACAUAGUAACGAGACUAUCCACAGGGACAUUAAAGGUGCAAAUUUGCUAGUUGAUCCAUCAGGCACUCUCAAGCUUGCAGGUUUUGGGGUGUCAAAAACUAUGACAGAGAAAUCAUAUGAACUAUCGCUGAAAAGUCCCUACUGGAUGGCGCCAGAGCUCAUGAUGUCUGCCUUGAUGAAAAAAAACAACCCCAACGUCACCACGGCUGUUGAUAUAUGGAGCUUAGGAUGCACCAUCAUCGAAAUGCUGACCGGAAAAUCCCCAUGGAGCGAGUUUUCAGGGCACCGAGUCGUGUUCAAGGUACUGCACAGAUCCCCGGACAUACCCGAGACUUUAUCGCAAGAUGGGAAGGAUUUUCUUGAGCAGUGUUUCAAAAGGAAUCCUGCAGAUCGACCAUCCGCGGAUGUGCUUCUAACACAUGCCUUUGUACAAAAUUUGCAUGAACAAGAUGUUAUAGUUCAGUCACUAGGCACCCUGCACAAAGAUGAAUCGCGCAAACAUAGUAGUCCAGGAUACGGCUCAAAACUUAGCCGUGGUGUAGCUCCAGCUUCCUUUCGUGCACGAAUUUUUAGCAAAAUUCAAAAUUUAAUCGGGGGAACAGGAAUAAGGAGCAAAAGCACUCGUUAGAGGACAACCUCCAAGUUUUUAAGUACCUAUUCUACCACUACCAUAAAUAUCAUUUUUUUAAUGUAAAUGUCAUAUCAUACCUUUAGUUUAUAGAUGAUUUCAAUAUUUUGAAUGUUAUGUUAGAUGCAUAUGGCAUGUUUAAGGCUUUGCCUUAAUGCCUUAUGAGUUAUCAUUAUAUUUGAGAAGUUUUGUUGGAUGCAAUUGUCUUGAUAUUUUGGAUGUUAUUAUGUUAAAUGUUAUUUUACAUAUUAUGUUGGAUAAAUAAUGUAAUUAAAAAUUCGAAAUAGAUCAUUUUCGUUGAGACUUUUUUUAUUUGUUAAU